UGAUGAUUGUGAAUAUAGCGUUGUUGGGAAUGAUCAUAGUUUUACGAUGGUAGUAGCUUCACAAAAGUUACUAAGCAUUUAUCAUUUGAAUUCUUUCAGGAGCGAAGUGAACUUCAACAAUUGGGGCGGGGGCGAUCCUAAUAAUGGCGGACGAAGGAAGAACGAGGAUUGUGGAGUUCUCAAACCAGACGGAAAGUGGAAUGAUUUCCCGUGCAAUCAUCGCUUUAUGUAUAUUUGUAAAAGGAAACUUUCAUAAGGUUAGCAUUGACUCGCACAAGGUGUCUAAAAAAAAGUAUACUCUUUGAAAUCAAGCCUUCGUUGGAAUUUAAAUGCCUUAUUAUUACUGUGCUAAACAGGGGCGUAUGAAGCAUCAAAAGAUUGGUUUCGAGGGGCACUUUUGGAAUGAAAAGGGGACCUGAAAACGUUUUCCGGAAAUGUUGGCGUCGGGUGGGGGGAGGGGGGGGGACUGCAGUCAUACAAAAUGCAAUCUGAACGACAUUUUUCAAAAGGCAAAGGGCACUUUACCACCGGAGAGUGGGCAUUUUUUUGUGUUUUCUGAAGGAAAAAUAAUUGCAAUCGUAAAAAAAUGCAAUCUGAACAACAUUUUUCACGAAGGCAAAGGGCACUUUGCCACCGGAGAAAGGGCACUCCGGAGAAAGGGCACUUUUUAUGUUUUCUGAAAACUUGGGGGGGGGGGAGGGGUGUUUAGUGCAAUUAAGAUUUUAUAAAUAAGCCUAUUCAGGUUAAGUACAAGAUUUUCUACUCCUGGGAAUUUAAAAUACACAAAAAUGGUCAAAUUAUUUAUCAGUCAUACCGUCAGCUCGAGCAAAAAUGGUUCGACUGAGCAAAGAGUUUUUAUUGUGUUAAAUUAUACGCUCAAAGUACAUAUUAACUCAAAAUACAUGCAUAAAAUUCGAUUCAAUGGAUGACUCCAGCUGUUGACGAAAUUUUGAUCUAGACAAGAAGAACGGAAACCAUUACCAUAGCUGGAAAGAGCAUCUUUAAAUGAGUACAAUUGCAAAGUUUGGUUGCGAAUUGUUGUAAAAUGAGGAAAGUGUAGCCGUGUGAAGUUCGCAAAUUUUGUAUAUACUUGCAUUACGCGCGGGAAAAAUAACCAUUUUUUCAACCGAAGGUGGUUAUUUUUACUGCGCGCAAUACAAAUUUAUAUACAAAAUUUGCGAACUUCACAGGGCUAUAUAUUUUCUUCAUUUUACACCAUUUAGGAACCGAUCUUUGCAGUUUUACUCAUUCUAAGACGCUCUUUCUGGCUGUGUUGAUGGAUUUCGUUCUUCUUGCCUUGAUCAAAAUUUAGUCUAUACUGUCGCUGGAAUCACCACUAUAAUAAGGCAUUCAAAUUCCAAAAAAGCUUGAUUUCAAAGGGUAUAUACGCAUACCUUCAGAAAUCACACUUUUGUUCUCUGGGAGUUUAGAAUGUAUUGGAAUCGUACAGGCAUAUUAAAAUUGCAUAAAAUGAACAUGAAAGUUCUAAUUAUUGAAAGUUAAAACGACUUAGAAAUUAGUCCCGCGUCAGUUCGAUUAAAAAUGGUUUUUCGAUUCGAUGCCAAUGGUAUUUUGUUCGGAGACGAACCAUGGACGAAUAUUAACAAACUCGUAAAAUUGUUUUUACGAUUUUCUUUUGGAAUGGACUUAGGAGUAUGUAACAGAAACUAAACAACCUAAGAACUCGUUAAAACGCUUUAAAAGACACGAGUUUUUCUGAUGUGGCAAAAUUAAACAUUAUUAAAAUUUCGAACAAGAUGUAAUUGCAACAUGGAACAAAACACAGUAAAUUUGCGUAAUAAAACCGCCUCUAAAAAUUAAUGCGUGUUACUAAAUUUUCGUCUGUGCAGUUAUUACUUCGACUAAAGACACGAAUAACACCUUACUCGAAAGAAAAAAGAACAGGCUUUACAAUAAGACUAAAAACGUUUUAUUAAAUACAGUAUCCUGAAAAUUAUUAAGCAUAAAAGAUGGACUUCAUAACUAAACAUGUUGUCGUUGUUGUCUUGUGAAUUGCGACAUUGCAUUUAAACUAGAACAAUCUUUUAGCAACGAAGCUUUUAGUUUUUCAUACAUUCAUCGACUAUAACUUACCAUAUAUAAGGCCUUUGAGUACCAAUACGAAUGACAGUUGAAUAUUUGAACAAAGAAACACGCUUCAACGCUUCCAUCCUUCGCCACCCAAGUUUUUGCCCGCCGUUCACAGUUCGCUAGAACUUUAUAACUUGUUGAAAUUCCAUUCUUGCUACAACGGCACGAGACAUAACAUUUCGUUGUCAAUACAAGUCGGUAUAAUUCAAAUUUCGUGUCUUAAUUCGCUUUAAAAGCCUUUUAAAGGCCGAGCGAACCCCUUUUCAACACGAAGGCCGAAGACAAAUAUGUAGAUAGGUCUGAGUUACUUGCAAGCAUGUGUUUGCAAGUACAUAUUUUCAACAGCAAAUUAUUCCCAAGGGGCACAGACGUUCAAAUGUGGUUUCGCAUGGGAUUUUCAAAACAAUGACAAGACAAUAAAACAUGCCAUUGAUGAGAGAGCAUAUAAUUGAGAAGCUAGAGUUUGCAUUAGAGUCGAUGAGAAGCGAGAGUUUGCAUGAGAGUUUUCUCAAUUCUCAUGUCCCGUUCUAACGAGAACAAGAGUCGCAUGAGAGUUGAUGAAAGUUGACUGGAUGUUACCGCGCUCGUAGCAAAAACUCUCAUCAAAAUUUCAACGAGCGACACAGUACGGAGUCUAAAGCACAACACAAAUUAAAUAAUCUUUUCUCUUUCUUUUUCAGAACGCUAUAAAUCGCACAAAGAACAUUGAAACAGAAUAUUUUACGGUCUAUCUGUUGUUGGCUUACUUGGAAGAUAAUUUCACAGCUGCAUGGGACUACGUUAAUAUGCCAUAUAGAAAGAUAAUUUCAUUGCAUUGACUAAAUGCGUUUGUACCGCCAUAUAAAGUCGAAAUUAUUGUCGAUGAUUGGCAAAUAUACAGAAAAUAUAACUAUAUAGGUUGCAUAAUUAGGUCGCAAAAUUGUAUAUUUUAUUAAAGGUGUUUCGUAUAAUAGUAUAAUU